GUCGGGCCAGUUCCCCCUGACCCAGAAUGUGACGGUGACAGAGGGGGGUACGGCCAACAUGACCUGCAGAGUGGAGUACAAUGACCAGACCUCCCUCCAGUGGUCAAACCCGGCACAGCAGACACUCUUCUUCGGGGACAAGAAAGCCUUGAGGGACAACCGGAUCGAGCUGGUUCGGGCAACGUGGGCGGAGCUUACCAUCAGCAUCAGUGACAUCAGCUUAUCAGACGAGGGCCAGUACACAUGCUCCCUGUUCACCAUGCCUGUCAAGACCACCAAGGCCUUCCUCACUGUACUGGGAGUCCCAGAGCGACCAGAGAUCACAGGGUUCACUAAGCCAGCCAUGGAGGGAGAUGAGAUCACUCUGAUCUGCACCACAUCUGGCAGCAAGCCUGCGGCACACAUCCGCUGGUUCAGAAACGACAAGGAAGUAACAGGCACUAAGGAGGUCAACGCCACAGGGAAAUCGUUCACAGUGAAGAGCACUCUGCAGCUGCAGGUGGAUCAGAGUGAUGACGGGGUGGCCUAUACCUGCAGUGUGGAGCACGUGUCACUUUCUUCCAACCCUUACCAGGUCACAGAGGUCCUGGAGGUCCAUUACGCCCCCCAUGUGGAGAUUUCCCACUCCGUGAUCAUCCCUCAGGAAGGACAGUACUUUAAACUGGAGUGUGUCUCCAAAGGGAACCCACUACCAGAGCCAGUGUUGUGGUCUAAAGAUGGAGGGGAGCUGCCUGAUAUAGAGAGGAUGAUCGUAGAAGGCAGGGAACUCACCAUCACCGCCCUCAACAAGACAGACAACGGCACGUAUCGCUGUGAGGCCAGUAACUACCUGGGGACGAGUGGAGCUGAAUAUGUCCUGUUUGUAUACGAUCCCAAUGCACCAGGACAGCAGGACCCUGACCAUGCAUUAAUUGGAGGUGUUGUGGCUGUGGUUGUGUUCAUCACCUUGUGUUUGAUCAUAGCUCUUGGGCGGUAUCUGGCUAGGCAUAAAGGGACGUACCUAACACACGAGGCUAAAGGAUCUGAGGAUGCCCCUGACGCAGACACAGCCAUCAUCAACGCAGAGGGGAACCACGCAGCAGAGGAGAAGAAAGAGUACUUCAUUUAGAGCUGUUCGUUCCGUCCCCUUUAUGUUUCCACCUCUGUUCUUCUUUCUGUCUGAUUUGUUUAUUUCACCAGAGGCAGGGGCGGACUAGGACCAGAUAUCGGCCCGGGCAUUUCAAACGCAUCAGCCCAUCUGUUUCCUUGAGGCACCCACUAUUAAGCAAAUUAUUAUUUUUUAAUUCUGGCCCACUGGCAUUUGCCAGAAUUGCCCUAUGUCCGGUCCAUCUCUGCCAGUCGACCAACACAGUCUGCAGUUGGCUCAGUGCUGCUGGGGCAGGAACCAGUUCUUUGUCCCCUCCACUCCUCUCCCGAAAGAGAAAGCUCAAGUUUGGUUUUACUGGUCGGUUUUAACAAGCAAAUCGAUAAAAAUGCUGCCUUGUUUUUACUGCAAAUGUACUCCGCUACUUGUACUCAGUGUUUUAAAAAGAGCAGAUCCUGUUUCAUUCAGGUUUUUAGAAUCUUUGUUUGUUGUCAUGUUUUAUUUGACAUUUCCUAAAUAUACAGACCGUUUUCAAUCUGCUUCUGACAUGUUUGUUUCAACUCUUAGUUUUUUG